UCAGGGCUCUGCUCAGACCUCAGGGCCUCAGGUUCUUCUCCUCCCUCUGUUUCUUAAACCUUUCCCUUCUCUCGGACUCUCCUCCCUUGCUCUUCCUUCCCUGUCGGCGACGCCUGGGCGAGCGGCGGCGCCAUUUGUUACGUCUUCGCCCAGCCCUUUGCCGGCGACGAGCAUCCACCAGGUAUUACUCUGAAUGAUGGCAACUCUGAAAGAUGCUGCUGCAAGGAAGCCUGUACUGGCAACAAUCCGUCUUAUUGUUCCAGCUGGUGCUGCCCGUCCUGCACCUCCAGUUGGUCCAGCGCUGGGUUUCUAUCGGCUCAAUUUGAUGGCUUUCUGCAAGGAUUUCAAUGCCAGGACCCAGAAGUACAAGGCAGACACUCCAAUGCAAGUCACCUUAACUGCUUACAAGGAUAGCACCUUCGAGUUUGUGGUCAAGUCACCCUCCGUAUCAUGGUUCCUCAAGAAGGCUGCAGGAAUAGAAACAGCCAGCAGUCGCCCAGGCCACAGCAAUGUGUCAUCCCUCACUCUCCGCCAUGUGUAUGAGAUUGCAAAAUUGAAGCAGGCUGACCCCUUCUGCAAGCACAUGUCGCUUGAGGCGCUGUGCAAGUCCAUCAUUGGCACAGCUAACUCCAUGGGCAUUGAGAUUGUUAAAGAUCUAUGAGAAGCUUAGUCAGGAAGAAUUCCGUGACAUUUGUGUGUUACUAGUUUUUAGUUCGUUCUGGAGAGGUAGAACUCUGCUAUCUUACUGAGCUUUCUACCAUCGUGAUGUCUGAUGCCCUUCUGGAGUAUAAACUCUUAUACGAUUUCUGGCAUACCCUUUGGUCCAGCCUUUUUUUUUGUUCCCUUUUUGUUCUUUUCUUGGCAACUUAACUGGUAUUUGUGGUUUCACGGUGGUGUUUCAAAUAAUACAUUGCGAUGCCAGUGUCUUCCACA